CGUUUCACCAAAGAAGAUCCGACAUUCAGACGUGAGUACAACAAUGAAGCGAAGGAAAACGUCGUUUCUGGAAUGGGAGAGUUGCACUUGGAGAUUUACGCUCAGCGAAUGAAGAGUGAAUUCAAUUGUCCAGUUGAAUUGGGUAAGCCAACUGUAGCGUAUCGUGAAUCAAUUGCUGCACCUUACAAAUUCCACUAUCGUCACAAGAAGCAGACUGGAGGUCAAGGACAAUUCGGUGAAAUUGAAGGUAUCAUUGAGCCUCUACCGCCCGAGAAAAACACACUUGUCGAGUUUGCUGAUGAAACGUUCGGUAACAAUAUACCAAAAAAUUUGUUCCCUGCGCUCAAGAAGGUAUUU